UUGCAGUGAUAUAAUCCCAUUAUUCUGAAUUUGCAAGAUGUUCGUGAAAAUAAAGUUGGAGGAUGAGGGCAAUGCCAAAGUACCUCACAUUUUCGAAAUCAAGGAUACGGCCACAGUCUACAAUUUGAAGACGCAUUUGGAGUCCUUUGUAGGUAUAUCGGCCGAUGAGCAGGAAAUAAAAACAUUGGACCGCACUUUGGGCAACUGUGAUAAGCUCGACAAGGUCGUUAAUCAGGAAAUUGACGGCAAUAAGAUGAAUGGCGCAGCAAUUUCCUUAUAUAAAAACAAGAAGUUCCACUGCUUUUUGCAGUUCUACAAUCGGAUCGAAGGUGGCAAUCAGACCAACUUCUUUCGCCAACCGCCGGAUGCCAAAAAAUUUGCCAUCGAUCAGGUGCCACCAUAUUUUGAGUAUAUCGUCGAAACGAGCGAAGCGUGGUAUUCAACAGCGUCCGAAAUGGAUUCAAGUGACAGUACCAACAGUAGCACCUCAUCGGAUUCAAUUGGGGACGCACUUACUCUUAAACGCACGUCAACUGACAAAUCUAAUUCGCCGGUAAAAAGAUCUCGCCCUGUAGCGGAGCCUAACGAAUCAGAUUGUGAGCCAACAUCUACGGCAGUAAUGCUGCCGUUGAAAGAGGCCAAUCAAACUUCGAAUAUUUCGGAGCACGAGACUCGUGUUCUUAUUAGUGAGAGUGUGUCCGAAGUUUCUGUAACAUCACCAUCACCGGAAAUUCCUUCUGAAGGACAGCAAAUAGAAAUUACAGUAGUUGAAAAAGCGCCAGAAGGAUCGUCUACACUUGGAGAUAUUGCUAACCAUAAUUUUACAGUGCCAUUAAAAUUAGAUUCAGCAGCUGUUCAAAGUGCUCCGGCGGCUCCGUACAUUAUCAUGAAACCGGAACAUCGCAAAUAUGCUGUAGUUAUAAGCAAUAAUGUUGAUGAACAGAAUCCGGCAUAUAGUUGCCAACUGGAACAUUUGUGUGGUCUGUUCGAGUCAUCUCGAAUCUGUGAGCGCUUAAACUUCAGUGAAUAUGCCUCAAUUUCCGUGUAUGGUGACAAAAUGUGGGUGCUCUGUGAGGAUAAGGAGACCUAUGAAUGGAUAACUACUGGUGUCGGCAAUCUCUACGAGUGUUCAAGUCUCAUCAAGUAUUAUGGACUGUUGAAAUGCAGCAUGGUGCUGCCUCAAGUGGUUGAAUCAAAGCAGCUGUCAAAUAUUUUUCAUCUGCUGGAGCUGCAGAAUCCGGGCCUCUGCACACACAAGUGGUGCGUUGUCGAACGCUCCAUGCUCGAUCCGGAGUCGGCCGCUAAGGCUGUGACCACUUUAUGCAAAAAUGAACAGCUUAUUCUGUAUGUGGAUAAGGAUAGCAAGUGUUAUAUUGAACAGCAUAGCUGUAGGCUCAAGUAUUGCUUCUGGAAGCUGACCUUUGACUUUUAAACUAAUCUUGCAAUUGUGGAAAACAUUUUUAUUUUAAUUAAAAUUCAAUGAAUUUGAAAAAAAUAUUUAGAUAUUUUACGAAAUGAGCUAUUUUUUUACACAUAGUUCGUCGAUUUUGAAGCUCAGGAAGCUUAUUGUGAAGCUGGUUAAUGCUCAAUAGCAUUAAAGUUGAAAAAUAAAUGCAUUUUGCUUGCGAUAA